AUGGUUUGCACGUGGUUCUCUAGUGGUUCAUUCUUACACUGUUGCACAGAGGGUUCACUGUUACACGACUCUGAUCUACCAAUGCCAAACUCUGAUCUACCAAUGCCAAACUCUGAUCUACCAGUACCAAACUCUGAUGUACCAGUACCAAACUCUGAUCUACCAAUGCCAAACUCUGAUCUACCAGUUCCAAACUCUGAUCUACCAGUACCAAACUCUGAUCUACAGUGCCAAACUGAUCUACCAGUGCCAAACUCUGAUCUACCAAUGCCAAGAUCUGAUCUACCAGUACCAAACUCUGAUCUACCAGUACCAAACUCUGAUCUACCAAUGCCAAACUCUGAUCUACAGUGCCAAACUGAUCUACCAAUGCCAAACUCUGAUCUACCAAUGCCAAACUCUGAUCUACCAGUACCAAACUCUGAUGUACCAGUACCAAACUCUGAUCUACCAAUGCCAAACUCUGAUCUACCAGUUCCAAACUCUGAUCUACCAGUACCAAACUCUGAUCUACAGUGCCAAACUGAUCUACCAGUGCCAAACUCUGAUCUACCAAUGCCAAGAUCUGAUCUACCAGUACCAAACUCUGAUCUACCAGUACCAAACUCUGAUCUACCAAUGCCAAACUCUGAUCUACAGUGCCAAACUGAUCUACCAGUACCAAACUCUGAUCUACCAAUGCCAAACUCUAAUCUACCAGUGCCAAACUCUGAUGUACAGUGCCAAACUCUGAUCUACAGUGCCAAGAUCUGA